GUGUGCUGACGUCAGCAGUUUGCUUGCUGGCUUUGUUUGUGUGGAUUUCCGCCACUGCGCAAUCCCCCUCCCCGCCAAGUCCUUCCAACCUUACGAUUGCGAUCACUCGAUCACCCACCAACGAGAACGAAGAACAAUGAGUGCCGAGAACCCAACAGAGCCGCUUGUCUUUGUGGCAAGCUACAACAAGUUUGAGAACCUGGCACACACGCCGGACGGCACGGUGUCGGCGCAUUCGCUCUACGUCUACCGGCUCGACACGCAAACAGGCCAGCUCGUGUUACUCACCGUCCUGGACGGUUUCGAGAAUCCAGCCUUCCUGCGCUAUCACCCCCAGCUGAAUGUGCUGUACUUCUGCACGGAAAGCAUCGCGGACGAUGGCGACAUUGUGGCGUGCAAGGUGAACGCACGCACGGGUGCACUCAGCGUCUUGGGCAAGUGGUCCGCGCAUGGCAAAUCCACCUGCUACCUCACCAUCGACACAGACCUCAAGCACAUGCUCGCGGUCAACUACUGGGACUCGACGCUGUCUGUGCUUCCGAUGGAGACAAGCGGGGCCCUGUCUCCCGUCUCCUUCAAGCUUGUGCCGGACCGGAAGGUGGUUGCGAGCUCUCGAAGUGACCACCUCACCAACCGGCAGCUGGAGCCCCACAACCACGCCAUUGUGCUUGAUCCAUACAACGGUACGGUGGCAUAUGUGCCAGACCUCGGCACGGAUGUCAUCAAGCAGUUUGUCUUUGAUAAAGGCACAGGCAGUCUCAUCCAUGCGGGGCAGUUUCAGUCAGGAUCCGACGAGCUGAAGCCCCAUGGUCCCCGCUACUUGCAGUUCCACCCAAAGCUGCCUGUUGCGUACGUUGUGAACGAGCUGUCGUCAACCGUUGCGGUGUUCUCCUUCAACAUCGAGCAAGCCGCACGCAUCGCCGAGGAGCCAGAGAAGCCGACUCUCACCCUGCUCCAAACCAUCAGCACCAUCCCUUCAGCGUUUCCGCGCCAUCUCAACACGUGCGGGCGCAUCACAGUCACCAACGCGGGCACCUUUGUUGUCGUGUCCAACCGCGGCCACAACUCCAUCAGCACAUAUCGCGUCAACGAUGACGGGACGCUCUGCUCAGCCGACUACUUUCACACGCGCGGGAGAACGCCGCGCCACUUCCAGUUUGACUCCACCGGAAACUGGCUCCUUGUCGCCAAUCAGGACACGGAUUCUGUGUCCGUGUUUUCGUUUGAUCGCAAGCACGGCACGCUCAACUUUGCAGGACACACGUACGACGUGCCGUCUCCCAACUUUGUCUGCGUGCAAAUGCCAUACCACGAGGCUCAAUGAAGCAAUUUGCGCGGUGCCCGUGCUUCUCUUGCAAACGUAUGCGUGCGUGCGUGCGUGUGUGUGUGUGUUUGUGUGCGUGUGUAUGUGUGUUGUGUGCGUGUGGUUGCUGUGCGAGUGCCGUGGAAGCUUCGACAGAUGUGUUGUACAUUGUGGUUUUAUUAAAAGGCAAGGAAUUCACA